GCUUCCCGAAGCUAGCAGGGUUGGUGUGUUUUUAUCUCAGACUGUGAGCACUAAACCUUCGACCAGACGGGGGAGACCCUAGUCCAGGUCGAGCCCCCGGUCUAGGCUUUGUGCGCGCGGUUGUGUGGACCAUGUGGGUGACUUGAGUUGCGUUUGAAGCCGGUCGUGUAACCGUUAGCAUCCUGUUGAUAGCAACCUAGCGGGCUGCUACCGCUGUCCGAGGUGCUGAACCCCGGGUCGGGACUCCCGGAUCCUCAGUGGUUGAGGGUCUUCAGUCCUGGUUCAUGAUAUUGUUAUCGUCCAACACGUUAAAGAAUAGCAUGUGGUGUUGUGCUCGACCGAGUUGGGAUGAGGCCGAUGAUUUAACACACCGAUGCUAAUCUGGAGCUAGGCUAUGUUCCGCAGUGGGUCAGAUAACUCGUCCUUCAUGUGUGUGGGAAUAGGUGAUGGAUGUGUCUGUGUCUGUGCGUGUGGAGGUCGUUUCACGGUGAUGUGUGUGGGGAUAGGUGGUGGAUGGGUUGGUGCGUGUGGAGGUCGUUUAACGGUGAUGUGUUUAUCAGUGCGUUUGGAGGUCGUUUCACGGUGAUGUGUGGGUCUCUGUUCUCGUGUAACGCCGUGUCUCCUGGUCUGUCAGCAGGAUCCGGUGUCGCAUUGAGACCGAGAGGAGACGAACCGCUGGAGCAGCAGAAUGAACAGUCGCUGAAUCAUCUGGUGGCAGAGGAACGACACGCGUCAGGAUCUAUCCCCGGCACGGCCCCACUGCAACAGAGCAGGUCUUAUCCUGGUCUUCAUCAUGACGUCCUCCAUGCUCCGCAGGCAGCUCAAGAACCUGGUCCAGAACUACUCUGAGGCCGAGGUCAAGGUAAGGGAGGCCACCUCUAACGACCCCUGGGGUCCGUCCAGCUCCCAGAUGGCCGACCUCUCCGACCUCACCUACAACGUGGUGGCCUGCAACGAGAUCAUGACCAUGCUGUGGAAGCGCCUGAAGGACGACAAGAACUGGAGACACAUCCACAAGUCUCUCACCCUGCUGGAGUAUCUGCUGAAGACGGGCGACGAGCGAGUGAUGCUGAAGAUGAAGGACAACAUCUACAUCGUCAAGGCACUUACAGAGUUCCGCUUCAUGGACAAAGACGGCAAGGACCAGGGCACCACCGUGCGGGAGAAGGCCAAGGUGGUGCUGGUGCUGAUGGAGGACGACGAGAAGCUGAAGACGGAGCGAGACUUUGCGGUGAAGACCCGAGAGAAGACCUCUAAGAGCGCUGCAGCCUCCUCCUCAGACACGCCCAAGGACGCCAGCUACCGGCCGUGCUACGUGGCCGGGGCGUCCGGCCUGCCCUCCCUGGACAACAUCCCCUCGGUGGCCGACCUCACCGCCUCCUUCGCCGCCCGCAAGGAGGAGCGGCUGAGGCAGGAGGAGGAGAAGAAGGAGGCGGAGCGGAGGUCCAAGCUGACGGAGGAGGAGCUGCAGUGGGAGGACGCGGGCAGACCAGAGGCCUCUCGACCCCCGCCCCGGGCCAGGGACCCCCCGGGCGCCCAGCUGGAGCCCGCCCCCCCUGAGGAGCCCCAAGAGGCGGCCGACCCGUGGGGCGCGCCCCCCAAGCCGCCCAGCGACCCCUGGGGGGCUCCGGCCAAGACGGAGGAGGACCCCUUGGCCGCCCCCCCGGCCGCGGAGGACCCGUUCUCCUCGCCGCCCUGCGACGGCGAGGACCCCUUUGUGGCGUCAAAGGACCCCGACGACCCCUUCGCCGCCCCCAAGGACAGACCGGACCCCUUCAGUGCCCCCCAAGAGAAGCCCUUCGGCGCGCCUAAGGCCGGCCCGGACCCCUUCUCUGCGGGCAAGGAGGAUCCUUUUGCUGAGCCUCAGGGCACAACGGACCCCUUCGGGACGUCCAAGGACGACCCCUUCAGCGCGGCGCAAGACUUCGACUUCAGCGCCUCCAAGGACGACCCCUUCAACCCCCCGAAGAACCAUGCUGUCAGCACCCCCAAAGCUGACCCGUCCCCAGCAAACAAUGACCCCAUCGACCCCUUUGCUACGCCAGCGCCAUCCCCCCCUAAAGGGGACCCCUUCAGCACCCUGUCCAGCUCCCCUAAAGGGGACCCCUUCAGCACCCUGUCCAGCUCCCCUAAAGGGGACCCCUUUGAUACCCUGUCCAGCCCCCCUAAAGGGGACCCCUUCAGCGCCCUGUCCAGCCCUCCUAAAGGGGACCCCUUCAGCGCCCUGUCCAGCCCCCCUAAAGGGGACCCCUUCAGCGCCCUGUCCAGCCCUCCUAAAGGGGACCCCUUCGACACCCUGUCCAGCCCCCCUAAAGGGGACCCCUUCAGCGCCCUGUCCAGCCCCCCUAAAGGGGACCCCUUCAGCGCCCUGUCCAGCCCCCCUAAAGGGGACCCCUUCAGCGCCCUGUCCAGCCCCCCUAAAGGGGACCCCUUUGACACCCUGUCCAGCCCCCUCAGAGAGGAGCCCUUCGUGGCCCCCACCACCCCCCCCAAGGCCGUCCCCUCAGACCCCUUCGGCGCCCUGGCCGGGAGCCCCUCUGUGGACGCCUGGGAGCCCACCGCCAGCUCCCCGUCCGCGCCGUCGGACCCCUGGGCGGCCCCAGACGCCGCACCAGCCAAUCCGGACGAUGCUUGGGGCUCGCCUGCCCCGCCCCCAUGCUCCGCCCCCUCCGAUGACCCGUUCGGAGACGGGCCGCCCAAAGCCAGCGACCCCUGGGGUGCCCCCGGCAAUACACCUAGCAACGGCACAGAGAACUCCUUCUAGAGUAGAUGUGGGUCCUGGUCUGCUUACAGGUGGGCCCCGGCCGCCCCCCCCCCACCGGACCCCCCCCAGCCGGGCCGCGGCGGCCUCCUUCCUGGGCUCG